AUGAGUUUCUUCUCCAAACUCUUUGCAAUUUGCGGUUCAAACGAGCCAGCUCCUGAAGUUGAUGAGCCAGAAAUUGAACUCGAACCACAUUUGGAUGCCAUUCGUGAACAAAUGGAAUUUUAUUUAUCAAAUUCCAAUAUUGAAUCUGAUUCUUUCAUGAAGGAAGCAAUUAACGAACGUGAAGAUAGAUAUGUUAAAAUUGCUACAUUCCUUACAUUCAAUCGCAUGAAAUCUCUCAAUGCUACUGAGGAAGACAUUAUUGAAGCUUGCUCUGCCUCAAAGCACCUUGAAGUUAACAAAGCUGAAAAAAUAGUUCGCUCCAAAGUUCCGUUUGUUUCUGAUCCACGCAGAUCAUAUCGUACAGUUCAUAUUGAAGGGUUCGAUGAGACAGAAACAUUAGAUGACAUCAAGGCCCUCUUCAAGGAACAAUACCCAAGAUCCGCACUUCGUACAGAAAUGCGCAAGAUCAAUCGUAAAGGCGGCGAAAAGAUUUUCAGUGGCCAAGUUAAUGUCGAAGUAAAGGACGAAGCAACAGCCAAAAAGAUUGUCGAAAAUGGCAUUUUAUACCAUGGUAAGCAGCUCAAAGGUAUCCUCUUCUCCGAUUUCAAGGCAAAUUUAGUUUCCAAGAAGAAAGGAACACCAAAGAAAGACACACCCAAGAAGGAUACCCCAAAGAAGGACACACCAAAGAAAAAAUAG